ACCCUAAUAAACAUGCCACUUGAAUUUUUGCUGGUCCCUUUCUGAAACCCUAUCUGAGGGGUUUGAGGGUUUUAGUUUUCAGCAACUCUAUAAACUUUGCGAAACUGAAUCCUAAGCUUUCGAAGCUAACCUCAACACUGGUAAGGUCUCGUUUAUUUUUCUUUUCUUUUCAAAAACGACUUUUGUUGCUGGAUUCUUUUCAAUGUCUCUUAGUUUCCAUGUGGGUAUCAUCUAAUAAGUUACUUUCUAGUAGAAAAUAUGUCAAACAUGUUAGCUUCAUAAGAUUAUAUGCCGUCUCAACUCUUGCUCACUUGAAUUUUGCGUUGUCAAACCCCAUUGAAGAACUGCAAACCAUAGAUACCCAUGAAAAAAAUCUUGUGACUAAUCAUUUCGUUGAAAAAGAUAAGGUAAAAGUAGUUGAAACUUUGAAAUAUUUGAGGAAAGACCCUGUCCUUGCUUUCUCAUUCUUUAACCAACUAAAGGAAAAUGGAUUUUGUCUUGAUCCUCAUGCAUAUGCUGCUAUUGUUAGAAUCUUGUGCUAUUGGGGCUGGGAUAGGAAAUUGGAUUCCUUAUUAUUGGAGCUUAUUAGGAAAGAGAGAGACUUGGAUUUUAAAAUUAUGAAUUUGUUUGAAGCUCUGGCAGAAGGGUUUGAAAGCGAAUGUUCCAAUAUACUUGUUAGGGUGUCUGAUGCUUUAGUUAAGGUUUAUGUUACUGUUGGAAUGUUUGAUGAGGCUAUUGAUGUGCUUUUCCAAACAAAAUGCCGUGGAUUUGUUCCACAUAUAUUGUCAUGUAAUUUUCUCCUGAACCAGUUGAUUGAGCGUGGGAAAAUCGAUGUGGCUGUGAACAUUUAUCGGCAGAUGAAGGCCUUUGGCCUAAGUCCUAAUGACUACACCUAUACCAUCGCUAUUAAAGCAUUUUGUAGAAAGGGUAGUUUAGAUGAAGCUGUUGACGUUUUUCGAGAGAUGGAGGAAUGCAGGGUGACUCCGAAUGCUUUUGCUUACACAACUUAUAUUGAAGGUCUCUGUUUGCAUGGGAGGUCAGAUUUGGGUUUUGAAGUCCUUCAAGCAUGGAUAACUGCAAAGAUUCCAAUAGAUUUGUUUGCUUUUACGGUUGUCAUUCAUGGCUUUUGCAAUGAGAUGAAAAUGAAGGAGGCUGAAAAUAUAUUGCAUGACAUGGAAAAGCAAGGAUUUGCCCCAGAUGUGUAUAUGUAUGGUGCUUUAAUAUCUAGAUUUUGUAUGGUUGGGAAUUUAUUCAAAGCUUUGGCUCUUCACGAUGAAAUGGUGUCAAAAGGUAUCAAAACAAAUUGUGUGAUUGUAAGCUCAAUUCUUCUAGGCUUGUCUCAUAUGGGCAUGGCUUCUGAAGUAGCAAAUCAAUUUAAGGAAUUCAAGGAGAUGGGGAUUUUCCUUGAUAAGGCUUGCUACAAUGUAGUGAUGGAUGCUUUGUGUAAGCUGGGGAAGGUGGAAGAGGCUGUGGCAUUGCUUGUUGAGAUGAAGGGUAAGCAAAUGGUUCCCGAUAUCAUCAACUACACAACUCUGAUUGGUGGUUACUGUCUUAAAGGUAAAGUUUUUGAUGCCUGGAAUUUAUUUGAAGAAAUGAAGAAGAAUGGACAUAAGCCUGAUGUUAUUACUUAUAAUGUUCUUGCUGGUGGUUUAUCGAGAAAUGGCCUUGCACAGGAGGCCCUUAAUCUUUUAAAUGACAUGGAGACCCAAGGUGUAAAACCUAACACUGUCACUCAUAAUAUGAUCAUUGAAGGCUUAUGUAUAGCAGGUAAAGUGGAUGAUGCUGAAACUUUUUUUGAUAAUUUGGAAGAGAAGUGCUUGGAAAGCUACAGUGGCAUGGUCAGUGGUUACUGUGAAGCUGAUCAUACGAAGGAGGCCUUUGACUUGUUUAUUAGGCUGGCUAAGCAGGGAUUUCUUGUGAAGAAAGCUUCCUACAUAAAAUUACUUCAAAACCUCUGUAUGGAAGGUGAUAAUGAGAAGGCUCUGUUGUUGCUUGACACAAUGUUGGGUAUGGAUGUCAAUCCUACCAAGAUCAUGUAUAGUAAAGUCAUAGAUGCACUUUGCUGGGCAGGAGAAAUGAAGAAGGCUCAACGUGUUUUUGAUGUUUUGGUCAAUACAAGUGUAACUCCUGAUUUAAUUACUUACACAAUGAUGAUAAAUGGUUAUUGCAGGGUGAAUCGCAUGAGGGAGGCCUGUCAUCUUUUGGGUGAUAUGAAAAGCAGAGGGAUUAAACCAGAUGUUAUUACUUACACAGUUUUGAUUGACAAUUGUUCAAAAGCAAAUUGGAAAAUGUCCCAUUCCAGGCCAGAUGGCAUGGAAAGUGAGGGAAAUAAAAUGGACCCUUUAGUUUUUUGGAGUGAGAUGAAAGACAUGGAUAUAAAACCUGAUGUUGUUUGUUACACGGUUCUAAUUGACAAACAUUGUAAAACAAACAACAUCCAGGAAGCUAUAAUGCUUUUUGAUGAAAUGAUUGAUAGAGGACUAGAACCCGAUACUGUGACGUACACAGCUCUUUUAUCUGGACAUUGUAAUGUGGGAGAUGUAGAAAAGGCUGAAGUCCUUAUUGAUGAAAUGAUACAUAAGGAGAUACAGCCAGAUGCCCAUACCAUGUCAGUAUUGCAGCGUAGUGUUUUGAAAGCUAGGAAAGUGCAUUUUCGGCAGUAACCAUUCUGGUUACUCAUAGUAGGUAGAUCAAUCAUAAAAUCUGUCUAAUCAAAUCCAGUUGUUUCAAGGUACAAUGAAACAAGUCAUGCUACUGAACAAGUGCACUUUUCAUACCCCGGAAAUGGUUCAACAAGACAUUUUAGUGUAUCGUUAUAUUGCUGAAGGCCUUAAGAAGGGAGGCUUUGUUACCAGCGGAAAGCAUCCUUUGCAGUACAAUACUCUGUCCUCCUUGACUGAUACUGGAUGGAGAAAGCAAAUUGCCCCCUUUUUUUCGGUGGAUUGGCUAGGUAUUUGUUUAUAUCUUUAGUUUGUAUAAAGUUUAUGUUUACCAUAUGAAACUUAAGGGGAUCUAUUCGAAUUCUAGUAUGUAAUUUCUGAAUGUUGGCUAUUGUUAUUAUGUAGUAUAAUAAGUAACUAUGUAUUAAUUUGGGAUUUGAUUUUCCUUCGUCAGUCUUUCCUUUGGAACUUUGUUUGUUGGUCCAUAUGUUGGUGCUAAAACUACUUCAGUGAUUAAUGUGUGGAAAUGAGCUGGUGCUAGGGGCAUGGUUGUCUAUUGCAUGUUUACCUGAGAAUUAUUUUUGUCUUCUGUAUCUUCACUAAAGUAAGAUAUUAUCUCUUAUGCUCCAAAAAAGAGUAGGAGACUUGUAUUUUGCAGCUAUCUUCCAAUUCCUGCAAAUUUAGUUUGUCUUGAUUUUGAUGCCUAUAUCAUGUAAGUUAUUAUGCUGAUCCUCUACAGAAUACAUCUUAUUUGCAAGAAUAUUUAUCCUUAAUCCUAUAGUUCUGUCUAGUUUUUAUAAUAAGUUUAAAAUGCAUUAGCCAGCAUUAAGUAUCUCGAUUUCAUAAUGUUAAUGUUGAAAAGUUACCCACUUAACAUGCACACACAAAUUAGAAUAACAAUAAAAGAAAAGUAGAAAAAUGCUAGACAAGGAAUUUUAUAUGGUUUGGAAAUGUCCCUACAUCCAUAGACAGCAACCUGCAUUUUUCACUAUUAAGGAUAAAAUUACCAUCACCUAUUUAUAGAGUUGCUAGAGUUUUCCUUGUACAAGUAGGAGUAGGAGAAACUCAAUUGUACGAUCCACAAACUCAAGUCAAAACUAAUGCUAAAGUUCAAAUUUUAAUGUCAGUUAAGCCUAAUUUGUUGAUCUCAUUCUAUCCAUUAUGUUUGAGUUCCCAUAGGUGCUUAUGUUGAAAGAACUUGCAAACAAUAAAUAACCAUGUCAGCGAUUAAUAUUAGUUUUAGGUCGGGUACUAGUUGAUAUCUCUCUUCUUUUCAUUGUUGUCAUCAGUGAUAUCUCACAUAAAGAUAUUUGCCUAUAAAAUAAUUAGAAAGAUAUUAUUUAGCAAAUUGCAUCUUGUCACAUGGUAAUCAAAAUUUAAAAUUAUAUAAAGUAAAUAAGAACAUAUAAGAAAAAAGCAGAAAAAUUCUGAAAAACUUAUCAAUGAUACAAUGACAUUUAAUUAAAUUAAAGUUUGAAAAGGAAAAUGAAGAUUAAUGACAGAAAAUUGGAGAAAAUAAAUAAAAUUCAAAUCCAAUUUUAAUGUUUUAAAAAUUAGAUGUUUAUUUAUCAUUGUUGUAGUUGAUUAUAGACCACUACAUGGACAUUAUUCAUUAAAAAUUUCAGUAAAAUGGAAGAAAAUUCUGAAACAUUAAGGAAAACCAGAUAUAUCUCAAAUAAAUGAAGAAAAAACUUUAUUUAACAAAAAUAAAGAAGCUCUUGUAACCUAUAGAUUUUAUAUUAAAUUCUUGAAAUAUGUAAUUUUGACAUUUCAUAUGUUAAAUUGAAAUAAAAGAAAACGUUAUUAAUGAAUGCUGACAAAUAAUAGUAGUUUAAAACUUUAGUUGAAUGUAAAUCUGUUGUGAAUUAUGAUAAAAAUAUAAUGUAAUAUGUGAUCAUGAGUCCAAAUCUAGAAAUGAAAAUUCUUGGGAAUUUUAAGUAUUUCUUAGGAAUGGUUUACAUUGGCAAAACGUAGGAAUCUUAUAUUCAUAGGUAGUAGUAGGCAUCAUAUUAAUGCUAUUAUCUUCUACCAAAUGCCACCUUCAUUUUCCUUCUCACUUUCUGAAUCCUAAUGAUGUCUGUGCCUCAGAAUAUGUGCAAAGAGUGUGAUUCAAAUGAAGUGUUAAGGAUGUGCAAUUAACUGCAUUCAUGUGAUAAGGUAUUUGUGAUCAGGUGGUGUCCAGACAAGUUUAGUGUGCACCUUAACUAUUCCAACAAUACUUGCAUGUCUAUUUUACCAAGUUGCUUUAGUACUUUUGAAAGUUUAAAAUCAUGACUUCUAAUCACAAAGGCUGAAAUGCAUUUCUUAGCCAGUUUUGAAAGUUCCAUUUGUCUUUCUUGUGCAUCAAAUGCAGCCUUGGUGUCAUUCCAUUUCUGAGCGUCAUAUGUCAAUGCCCAUUACCCUUGAGCAAGGUUACUGGUCAAAGUAUCAAAAGGCUAUUGCAAGGGGGAAAUGUCAUUGUCUGAUCUUCAACAACUUUGGAUGACAGAUUAUACUUCCCUGGAACGCGUCACUUACUGUAGGCAAAGCAAGAUUGUCAUACAGGUGGAAUAUGACUCUUCUUCUUGUUUGGAACUGGAGGAGGAGGUGGGCUUGGCAAGGGUUUGCUGCCUAGUUUUCUCAUCUUCAUUUCUGCAAGAUGACCAAAUCAAAUGUGUAAUCUUAUACAUAUAUGCUAACUUGACAAGAUUAAAGUUGAAAAUCAAUCAUAAAUAUAUAUAUAUUUUUGUGCAUUAAGUUUUGAGUAUUUCACUAGUAGUUUGACUCAUUUGCAUACCUAAUUAGAAUUGUAGGCAUAAACCAAAUUAUAGGCGACUAAUGAGGGUCUUGAGUCUCUAGUUAAUUGAUGUUUUUACCCCAAUUUCUUUGUGAAUUCAUUCAUAAUAAAAAAUAUCAUGAUUAAUUUUACUAUUCUAAAUCAUAUUUUUUAGUAGUAUUUUAUAUAUGUUCAGGUAAUUCUAAACUAUACAUUAAUAAUAAUCGAAGUACAAUUAUGAAAUAUCAAAGUAAAAACAUCUGUGCCCCUUGCUGCUUAAUUUUUUUUUUUAAAAGCCACUACUAAAUUUACUAUUGAUCUACAAUUAUCUUUUUCAUGAGGUGAUAUUUGCUACUGAUUACU